CCAGAUAGUGACUGAUAAGACAGCAAAUAUUGCACUGGCUAUUGUGCAUUACUCAGUUAACGUUAUAUCGCCGAACAAUAAACAUGUAUCUCCCCGAAAGAACAGAACAUCAAAAAAUUGACAGACUAUAUGACAGCAACAGGGUCAACGGUGCACCAGGUCAAGGCCUUGAUUUAAAUGGAAAACCUAAGCCGCCAGCCGUUUACAUUCUGAAUCAUGAGCAGUUCCCUCAGGAUCCUCAAUUGAACCGAAAGGGUAGCUCAAAUGAUGUUAAUGCUCUUCGCAAAACAUUCGAAAGCCUGAAUUGUCGGGUUGAAGUAAUUUCUAACCCAGCGUUGCCGGACGUUAAAAACAAAGUUAAGGAGUGGUCUGCAAAACGAUUCACCCAGGACGCUGGACUUGUCCUCAUUAUCUUGAGCCAUGGCGACCGAAAAGAGAAAAUCUUGGCGUGCGACCACAGGGAAUACCACUUGGACGAUGACGUCCUUUUUCCACUCUUUAGAAAUCCAACUUUAUCUGGCAAGCCAAAGAUUUUAAUUGUUCAAGCCUGCAAGGGUCCGUUGAGAGCUGAUGCGAAAAAAAUGAACAACGAACCCUAUAUUAAGUGUUACAGCUGCUCCGAGGGCUAUUUGAGCUAUCGCAAUGAAAAUCAUGGUUCGGUUUUCAUACAAACCUUGUGCGAGGUAAUGGAUCAAUAUGGCCUUACCAGGGACUUUCAAUCGAUCUUCAAGCAUGUAAAGGCUGAGGUCGAGAGAAGGUCAACUAAGACAGGUUCGAAACAAGUUCCUUCUGAGGAGUCGCACAACUUUGAUGAACCCUUUUAUUUUGGAAAUUAUGUUUAAAACGCUCAAUGAGUUAUAGUUUUUCUUAAAAUAUAUUCAAGUUACUUUCUGGUCAGUGUAAGUAAGACGACAGAAUCAACUGCAUGAUAUAUAUAUGAUCUAUAUAUUUACUUACACUUUGUCAAACUGGAAUUUACUGUGUUGAUAUCUUAUCUUGAAAUAAAACAAUCGAAGCGGAACCCCGA